AUGAACUUGAACCUGGAUAACAGUUGUGGCUUACAAACAGAGUGGCUCGUCUAUGGAACUUCAGGCAGUGAACUGUGCAAUCGUUUGGAAGGGUAACUUUCUUGUGGUUUCCCGCAGUGUGUAAGUGGGAAAUCGCUUCGUCGUUACUCGGCAUGAAUUUUGCGACAUGAGAGAUAUAUAUAUUACAGAAUGGAAAUCAGAAUUAACCGCGUGACUCAUUUCGGAGAAGUGAUAUUCUGAGCGACACCUCGGUCACGUUUUACGAGCCGAGUAAUUUCUCGUGGAAUCUGAAUUAACGGCUUCGCGUUGAUCUCUCGUCGUCGGAAAUGACGAUAAGGACCGAAUGAUUAAGAGGGAAUGAUUAAAAUACUCGAAUGUUCGAACCCGUAGAACGCAUCGCCAAGCACGUUCUGAUCCGCGAUUAGGAGGAGGUCGAUCGAUCCCGGAAUUAACAGCCCGCGAGUGUCAAACGAGCCGCGACAGGAACAUCAAUACCCUAAUAAAUGUCACUCACACAAUCGAUCGUCGCCUUUUGCCAGCCAUGACGUAAAGAGAGGGUUUAACAGCGACGAGGGUCAACGUUGUCGAGAGCGGCUGUCGGGAUCGGCUGUCCACGAUCGUAUGCAGGUGCCGUGCGGGUGCGUCGAAGUUCGUGAUCCUGACACCGCUUAGGGGGGUGGUCCCCUACAGUUAUGCACGGAUGGAGGAUGAACUGCAGUGCGUGAGGGAGAGAGGUGGUCCCUCCUAAACCGAUGAGAUGACAGUGCUGUGCGUGCUGUGGGCUACUCUGUCCACUGUGGCCUCGAUUCUCGCGUGCUCCGGUUUUUAUCUGCCUUACUGGAUUCAGGGACGACUGUUGGGGAAGGCUGACGCGUACUUCAGUUCCUUUCGACGUUGCAACUACCCGCGAAUCAGAGCGCCUAACGCCACGCCCGAGAUAGUUUAUGAGUGUGCGAGGUAUUCAAGUUUUUGGGACAUACCGAGUGUUUGGUGGCAGGCGAGCACAGUCACGAUGGGUAUCGGCGUCGCGAUUGCAGUGAUCGGCGCUCUGACGCUUUUAGCAGCAGCAUCGUCAUUCCUUCCGCAUAUUCUCAAAACGCCAAAACACACGAGGAUUCUUGGUUCCUUACAACUGCUCGCUGCCACGAUGAUAUGCGGCGGCCUGGUUAUGUAUCCGAUAGGCUGGGAUAAUCGGGAGGUACGCGAAUCCUGUGGGAAGGGGGCCAACGUUUACAAUCUCGGGAAGUGCUCGGUGUCCUGGUCGAGUCACUUGCUGGUCGGCUCGGUGGCGUUGCUGAUGCUGUGCUUCGGCCUGAGCUUCUGCGCGGCGCGACACAAGCCCGACGCGAAUCCGCACACGGAUCCCCUGCGCAUUUGACAAUCGAGGUACUCUCAGUCGAUACACGCCUAUGCCUCGCCGAAGACGACCACACUCUCCAUCGUCACGGUCUGUUGAUCACGCGUGCCUGUUGCGUGCACGCGUCGUGCGUACGUGAGUACGCGAUCCACCGUUCGCACGAACAUACGUCAUCGUGCGUACAAAUACGAAUUCCACGCAUUGCGGAAUCUCACGCGCGUCACGGCAUGCAUAAACCGCGUUCUCAUUACGCGUGCAUGUAUAUAUAUAUAUGUUUGUAUUUUUCAAGCAGGGCGUGAGUGCGAAUUUUUCCGCAUGUUUAACGCGUGGUUCAACAUAAACGCAUCUCCUGCGUGCGCGAGUAACCCCCCGUUAAUAUUGAUGACGUUAACUCACAAUACAGAUCAGCGAGACGGACAUUAUAAAUGAGCAUUGUGAUCUCAUAGCGUUCGACAGACGAAACGAUUAAUAAUUGAAGUGAAAUCAACGAGGUAGAUACGAGUCGAUAUAGCUCGAAAGGAUAUUAAUAUUUGGCUCGUCACGUCAUAUGACGUAGCGAUCUAAACUUGGCGGACAAGUAUGUUUCUCCAGUGAUGCUAUCUUCGACGAGAUUCAGCGAGAUUCGUAAAGUUUGAGACACUCUCUACGAUCCCCUGGCCAAUACAACUGACAUUUCCUUGCGAACGAUCCGUGAGAUUUCGAAAUCACGUCCAAGAGAUCCGCAGAUUUCGGAAGAUUGAUUAAACUUUUGACAGGUUAACGCGUAUCUACCCCACCCUUUCUAUCCAUCGAAACAAAUCCUACGUCUUUGUAUAUAACCCGCAACCUGGCAUAUGUACGUAUGUAUAUACACGUUGGAGUGAAUCCUACAGUCCUGUCUCGCGGCAGACGGUUGGAGAGAAAGCCGCGCCAUCGGUAUUUCCAAUUCCGUGCCAUAGUAAGCCCCUGGCUGAGAGCGACGAAGCAAUUGGCAAUUCGCUUCGACGGGACUUUCAGCACUUUCAAUUCGCACGGGGAACUCGCUUGCCGGGCGAAUACACACGGUGACUGGAAAGGAGCCGGACGGGGAGACGGACACUCCUUUCCUCUCCUCUCUUCCUCCCCCCUCCCCCUCCUCUCCACCCGUAUCGAGAGAGUCCGCAUUCAGAUGCGCCGUAACGAUCACGAUAUCCAGGAGAGCUGCUGCACGCUCCUCGUCGAGGACCGGGAAUCACUGUGUUUCCCACGGUCCGAAAGCCUUUCGGAUAUAUCGAUCGCGAAGGCGCGCAGAACGUUUCGGCUCUCCAGAGAUUUGCACGUUCCUCUUAUUUAUCCUCGUCUCUUGGAUUCUCCCCUCAAGACGCUAUUUCCUUCGUGGAAGUAAUGCGUUGGCUCAACCGUGAGUGUCGGUUUAGCGUUCUCUUAAAAUUUAUUUGGAUCUACGAUUCCAGAUUUUAUUUCUAGGAUAUGUUACUCUUCGUAUGUAAUUUUCCG